CAAAGAUUCGCAAUGUCUACUCGAAGAGCUAGAAUAAAAGCCGUAGCUUCACUACCGGUGAGGCGAAAGAAUGCGGAUAACCAAGUUAAAGAUGAAAAACCUGUUAAAAGUCCAAAAACACCACGACCACAGGCUUUACAAGAUGAAGCUGGUAAAAUAAAAACUCCCGUGAAUAAAAUUGCUUCGCCUGUGCAACCGCCACAAGAACAAUCUAAAACAGAUACUCCAAAACCUGCAGAGGCUAUUAUAUCACCGCCUCCUAAAAGCUUACCAACGCCAGAUGUUAUAAGAACUCCAAAACGCAGUGAAAAAGUGCCUGUUAUCACUUCAAUAUCACGACAGAGCUCAAACACGUUUGCCUCACCAUUACGAUGGAGCAGCCCUGCUAGAAAAGCUGUGCCAUCACCAGUCAGGAACUCUCCACAAACGAAAAUAACUUCAAUAAUUACUGAGGUCAUAUUUGAGAGACUUGAUUCUCCAAAAAGUGUUCAAAUCAGUGCCGAUGCUACAGAAAAACAAAAGCAUGUGGUUUCUAAUCCAAUGGAAAAUGUUGUUCAAAAUAAAGUUAUACAGAAGCUUGAAACUACAGAAGAUUACAACCCAGCUAGCAUUCCCGAGAGCAUUACCGAUGAAACAGGCAUGGAUGGUAUCAUUCCCCUGCAACCAACCCGCAGUGCACCCAAGCCUCUAGAUUUGCUGAAGAAUGAGAUCAUAUCAGAGAAUGCUCAAGUGUUGUUUGAUCCUAUAGUUCCUUUGCCAUCUCCAAGCAAAGUGCGUCCUAAGCUUCGACCUGCGCCUAGACUUGCACCACAUAGGAGGAAUAGUAUACAGGGUAGUGCGAGUGAGUCUGAAGACGAGAGUCGACGAGCGCUGCUCAACAGCGGCGCGCCGACGUCGGUACCGACACGGCAACGACACGACUCCCACACGUCGCACAGUACCCUGCAUUCCUUGCCUAAUAGGGAGGUCAGCCGCAUUCGGAAUGAUUCUGUGUGCUCAGGUGUGAGCCAACUCACCGCGCCGCCACCGGCAUCGCCGCUUAAAGAACGCCAUGUUACUAAAUGUCGCCGUCAAGAAAUGUCGCGCCGCAUCGCCGCGAUGCGCCGACGGCGGGACCCGGUCAAGCGAGACGCGCUCACCAUGUACGACCUCAUCUUCUACAACCCCACCACCAACCCCAUUGUGCCAGACCAAGACGAGCUGAAAGCCAAGGAAGCCAACCAGAAGGACGAAGAAGAGAGGAAGAAAGCGCCCGUCGAAGAAGAUCCGGAUGACCCAGACGACCCGCCGGCAGACACCGCGCCAGUACCACAGAUCAAACUGGGACCUAACGGGGAGAUCAUGCUGGACGAACAGAGUUUGGUUAUAAAACAAACGGACAGCAACCGCAAGCUGUUAUCGUCAGUGGUCCGCGAGGGCGCGUGGGGCGGCGGCGGCGGCCGCUACUCGCGCGCGGCGCGCACCGCCGACUGGAGCGAGGCCGAGACCGUGCGCUUCUACCGGGCGCUCGCCGCUGUUGGGACGGACUUCACGCUCAUGGCACCACUGUUUCCUGAUCGGAAUAGGAGGGACCUUAAGAUUAAAUUCAAAAAAGAAGAAAGACUGAACGGCGCGCAAGUAGACAAAGCAUUGCGCUCGCAAACAGCCUGGGACGCCGUAGGCCUCGAGGACGUGUUCUCGCGGGAACGCGAGGCCGCCGCGCGCCGCGCCGAGGCCGAGAGAGAGCAGCUGCAAGCGGCGAGGCAAGCGCAGCGGGAGCGAACAAGGGCCUUGCAACACAUGCGCGUCAGGAACAGUCGAGGAGCAAAAGCUCUAGAAACAGUCCCAGGACCCGCACCUCGCGAGCUCACCACCGCCGAUGACUUCAUACAGCACGCGCUCGCCUCAAAACCGCGCAGAAAACGCAAAACUCCCGACCCGACCACCACUCCCAACCACACCCCAAACAUGCCACCUCUCACCAACAUCGCCAGAAUAGACCCACCAACAUCACAAGUACCUACAAACAUCGAGGCUGGCUCAUUAGUGGUCCUAACAGUCAACGAUCCAAAGUCACCCACAAAGAAGAUGCUACAGACUUAUAUAUCCCGUGGCGCGGGCCAGUUGACCCCAGUAGCCUUACCGCCUAAUUUACUUAAUUCUGUCAUGGGUUAUGUGAAGAAAGGAACGCCUAGAAGCAACGUGUCGUCACCUAUAUUGUCGCCUGCGAGUAUUGCCAGUGCGGAUAGUAGAACCAGUGCCAGUAAUCUAACUAGUGUUAUACAAGUGAAUCCGAGCCCUAGUAAGAGACAGAGACACAGUUCUUAUACAAUUACGCAGCUUUAGUAUUAAGUUUUAAUUGUUUGCUUUUAAAUAUUUAUAGCAUUUUGUCAUUGUGAGUACACGGAAUCGUGAUCAUGUUUUAACUUAUUAGGUCUAUAAAUAUUACGAAUUUGGACA